AUGUGCGACGACGAGGUAGCCGCUCUUGUUGUGGACAAUGGAUCCGGUAUGUGCAAGGCCGGCUUCGCCGGAGACGACGCUCCUCGCGCCGUCUUCCCGUCGAUCGUCGGAAGACCUCGUCACCAGGGUGUCAUGGUCGGUAUGGGACAGAAGGACUCGUACGUCGGAGACGAAGCUCAGUCCAAGAGAGGCAAGGCUCGGAAGAGAUUCUGAUGAUAACUCGGUCUUUCCAGGUAUCCUGACCCUCAAGUACCCGAUUGAGCACGGUAUCGUCACCAACUGGGACGACAUGGAGAAGAUCUGGCACCACACCUUCUACAACGAGCUCCGUGUUGCUCCAGAAGAGCACCCCGUCCUCCUCACCGAGGCCCCGCUCAACCCCAAGGCCAACAGAGAAAAGAUGACCCAGGUAGAUCUGCAGCCCUGGAACCUAAUCCAAGAAGAAUGCUGUUGCAGAUCAUGUUCGAGACGUUCAACACCCCCGCCAUGUACGUCGCCAUCCAGGCCGUCCUCUCCCUCUACGCUUCCGGCCGUACCACCGGAGUCGUCCUCGAUUCCGGAGAUGGUGUCACCCACACCGUCCCCAUCUACGAAGGAUACGCUCUCCCCCACGCCAUCCUCCGUCUCGACUUGGCCGGCCGUGACUUGACCGACUACCUGAUGAAGAUCCUCACCGAGCGCGGUUACUCCUUCACCACCACCGCUGAGCGAGAAAUCGUCCGCGACAUCAAGGAGAAGCUCUGCUACGUCGCCCUCGACUUCGAGCAGGAGAUGGCCACCGCCGCCUCCUCCUCUUCCCUCGAGAAGUCCUACGAGCUUCCCGACGGACAGGUCAUCACCGUCGGAAACGAGCGCUUCCGUUGCCCAGAGGCCAUGUUCCAGCCCUCGUUCUUGGGUAUGGAAUCCGCCGGAAUCCACGAGACCUCUUACAACUCCAUCAUGAAGUGCGACAUUGAUAUCCGUAAGGACUUGUACGCCAACACCGUUCUUUCCGGAGGAACCACCAUGUACCCCGGAAUCGCCGAUCGCAUGCAGAAGGAGAUCACUGCUCUUGCUCCCAGGUAAGCUUGAGAUCCUCCAGCUCCAAGUACAACUGUUUGGUUUUUCAGCACGAUGAAGAUCAAGAUCAUCGCUCCCCCUGAGCGCAAGUACUCCGUCUGGAUCGGAGGAUCCAUCCUCGCCUCCCUCUCCACCUUCCAGCAGAUGUGGAUCUCCAAGCAGGAGUACGACGAGUCCGGCCCAUCCAUCGUCCACCGCAAGUGCUUCUAAGCGCUUCGCUCCCCCAAAAAUACCAUCUUUUUUUCGCUCAAAUUGUCGCCAAAAUCUUUCAGACCCCCAAUUGGCAUCUUGCCAAAGACAAUCGAAACCCACAGAACAACAACAAAAAAAAAAUGCAAAAAAAACCCAGACUCGAAACUUGUGUGCUGUUUUCUUGCAACUUGGUCAUGUCGCUCAACUUCGGGUGCUAAUAAAAAUUUAAAAAUUACGCAAAAGAAGAAGCUUUUUAUGGGGGAUUAAGUGUUGCCGUUUUUGUUUGCAAAGGUUGUACGCACUCGGCGAGCAAAUAUAAGUCGGAGAUUCUCGGAAAAUUAGAUGGGAAGAAAAGAUUUUCCUGGAAAUCGGGAGCAAUGUUUGAGUGGCGCUCUUAAGAUGUUCUCGGGCAAAAGAACUGUUGCGUUUUCCUAAGAGAGAGAGAGAAGCUUGGAAAUGGGUUGAAGGUGGUUUAAAAGUUGAGAUUUUAGAUCUUCAUAGUUACAUCAGAGUUUUGUUUGAAAUGAAGAAAACUCUCAUCAGAUGAAUUUUUUCAGCGGCACGGGAAUUUAGAAUGUACUAAUUAUAGAUAAGAAAAAGGAAAUUAUAUUUAUAUCAGAUCCUGAGAACCGAGUCUCUUUUUUGCCGUUCCCAAACUUUGGUUUUUUUUUAGAAUACAGCGUUUCAAAAAAAAAAGUUAUUCGCUGUCUCUAUAGGAGAAGGGAACAGGCUUUCACUGAAAAAAAUAUUCAAUUCUUAGUCUGAAAUAGCCUUUCGAAGCUAUCUUUUGCGGUUCAAGAGAAGUUUAAAUAUAUGUCACCAUAUUUAUCUCUCUUUUUUUUGAGAAAAAAGGAAGUAGAAAAAUUGAUAUUUAUAGGGGUUCUAGAUGCCUUGAAAGCCCACAUUCACUUGAUUCUGUUUUUAAUAGGCGAUUUAUAAAAAAAUAUUUUCAAUCAAUUUCAAAUUAAUUUUUUUCACUUAAAACGAUUAAUUAAUUUUUUUCGGAGUACCGUGUAAAACUAAAUUUUUCAACUUUUAAUGCUCCUCGUCAACUUCAACAAACUAGUUCUAGCUGGACCUCAAAACCAUGCAAAUUGAAAAGAUUCCAGUGCCGAGAAUAAAAGGUAAUCGUGCCGAUUGUUAUUCAUUUUUGAAAAUAAUAGAUUAAAAAAAAGCUCAAAAAGAGGCCAGACCUGGCUAGGGAACAAUGUUUACGUGAUAAUUUGAGUAUUUUACGGACUCAAUAAUUCGAAAAAAAAAUCGAUUGCCAAAAUUUUUAUUCUUGUUCUUCAAUCCGGAGGUCCUACGGUACAUUUGAGCAAAGUUUCAUCAAAAAUUCAACCAUAGGGUGAAAAACGUUCCCUAGUGAGUUGAAACUUAUUGGUUUUCCUAUAAAAAAAAAAUCAAGGAUCGAUCCUAACCCAGAAAACGAAUUUUACUAAAAGUUACCAAUCUCCACUUCCUUGUUCUAUUUUUCAAAACCACUCCAACGGAAUCCCAUACAACCAACCAACCAACACGCGAGUUCUAAUUGUAACACGUUUGUUGGUUGUUGGCAGGGAGCUGCAGCAGCUGCUGCCGUUGGCUGUUGCGCAAGGAGAAGCUGUAAUAACAGCGCCGUCGGCGGCGGCGGCAAGUGCGGGGGUUCGAUUCUUGGAAUCCUCCUUGAGCCGUGGAUUGCUUGUGUGUGUGUUGUGUGUGUAACAGUGCAGCAGGAGCCAUUCCUUGAAGACCUCCGCCGAGCUUCUUCUUCUUUUUCGACAAACAUUGGCAAGUGCCGUGCAGAAAUUUGGGAUGAAAAAAAAGAGAUUGGAGAUUUCUGAUCUGAUUGGAUGGAUUAAAAAAUAAAGAGUUUAUCAAAAUUAUUGAAGAGAUUCGGAAUAAAAAAAGAGCAGAGUUUUUUUCAAUUUGAUUGGAAGAUAACAAAUUGAACACUUUCAAAAGUUUGGUGCAGAACUUGGUUAACAAGAGAUUUAAUAUUUAUGAUUUCAUGAUAGGUUAAAAGUUUUAUUAAUUUUGAAAAUUGGAAGGAGUCAUGAAAAAUGAAAAAUACCGUGGAAGAGCACUGCGAAAAAAAAAUAAGCUCAAAAAAUAUUAUCUUGUUAAAAAAUUAUGUGACAGGACGCUAGUUGACCUGACCUCAAUGCCAUAUGUACUAUCAUGUAGGCGUGCCAAUGGCACGCCGCCUACUUGUAUUGUCACUCUUGCGCUCAGCACGCAUACCAACUGGCGGUGCUGAGUUGCUCUAAUAAAGAUCCAAGAGCAAUGUCGGUUCUACACACAUCUAAAUAACACGUCAAGGCCCGGUGAAGCCUUGCGCGGUUAUAUGGAGGUUCCACCGUAGAAUCCGGCUGCUUGGACUAAUUCACCUAUUUCAUCUGUUCUACCUCGUCCAACAGCCGCCUGCAGAAGCUACAAUCUUCUGCAGGGAACUCGACCUAUUCUAUUCCGCUAGCAGUUUUCGCAUAUCGUGUUCGGGAUUCCAGCGAGGCUACAACUCUCUUCUGAAGCUGCUCCAGUGAAGCAGUGCACGAGUCCGGUCACAAGCAACGUCGACUCCUCCACAUUGACAAGUUUUUGAACUUUUUCACCGCGAUUUUGACCCCUUUGUUGGUACGCGAUACACGGUUGGGAUGGUGGGAUGUGUAG